UUGUUUGAGAGCUCAGUCAUCCAAAAACGGCCUUUCAAUGUGAGAACUUGGGGAGCCGAAGGAAGAAAAUGUCGGUGGCAUCGCAGUAAAUUACUAAAGCAGCGACGCCUCAGAAAGGGAAAGAAGAAGAAGAAGAAGGAAAAAGCCAAAAGUGUCUAUUUUUCUUUUCUUUUUAUUUUUAAAGGAGAACCACAGCUCGGAGGAGAAGGACCGAGAGAAGCGCAAAGUUACAGCUAGAUCUGGGCAUAGUGCAUGGAAGAUGUCUGGAAAGCAAGACUGGACACCUUGGAUGAAAAAGAGAAAGGCUCCAGUGUUUUGUGCUCUGGGUGCAGUACUGCUGUGCUGCCUGCAGGGCGGCGCUUCAACCACUUACGAGGUGCCAGUGUUCACCGAGGAGCCUGUGUCCGUGGUGCAGAAGCUGGGAGGCAGCGUCAUGUUGCGCUGCAGAGCCCGACCCGCCUCGGCCGAGCUCAGCUGGCGUCUGAACGGCGAGCAGCUGUCCGACGGCGACCUGGGCCUGACGCUGGGGCCGGGCAGCCUGCUCAUCCCCGCUUUGACCAACCGGACUGUGGGCCGAUACCAGUGUGUGGCCAGCACCGGCGCUGGAGCUCUGGCGAGCGUGCCCGCUAACGUCACCGCUGCCAAGCUGCGGGACUUCGAGCCCGAGACCCAGCAGGAGAUCGAAGUCGACGAAGGCAACACGGCCGUCAUCGAGUGCCACCUCCCCGAGAGCCAGCCUAAAGCUCAGGUCCGCUACAGCGUCAAACAGGAAUGGCUGGAAACGUCCAAAGGAAACUACCUCAUCAUGCCAUCAGGGAACCUGCAGAUAGCCAAUGCAACCCAGGACGACGAGGGACCGUACAAGUGCGCCGCUUACAAUCCCGUCACCCAGGAGGUCAAAACGUCCAGAUCCACCGAUCGCCUGCGCAUUCGCCGCUCCACGUCCGAGGCGGCUCGCAUCAUCUACCCGCCCGCGCCCCGCUCCAUCAUGGUGACCAAGGGUCAGCGGCUGGUGCUGGAGUGCGUGGCCAGCGGCAUCCCCACUCCGCAGGUGACGUGGGCAAAGGAUGGGCUGGACCUGCGCUCCCACAACAACACGCGCUUUCUGCUGAGCAACCUUCUGAUCGACGCGGCAAGCGAGGGCGACUCGGGCACGUACGUCUGCAGAGCGGACAACGGCAGGGGCUCCGACCGAUCCGCCACCGCGCUCUACAACGUUCAAGUGUUUGAGCCGCCUCUGGUGACCGUGGAGCUGCAGCAGCAGGAGGUUGCGUACGGAGAAACUGUCCGCAUCAUCUGCCAGGCCCGAGGCAAGCCCUCCCCCUCGGUCAUGUGGCUCCACAACGCCCGGCGCCUCACCCCGUCGUCCCGCCACCGUCUCACCUCGCGGGUGCUGCGCAUCUCCAACGUCAGCUCUCAGGACGACGGCCUGUACCAGUGCAUGGCGGAGAACGGGCUGGGCAGCGCGCAGGCCUCGGCUCGCCUCAUUACCGUAUCGACUGGGACUUCAUCUCGGGGAAGGCUGCCCCCCAACUUUCGCCCACUCAGCCCCGAUAAGGUGCUUAAAGAGCAGCCUCCUGUGAGGUCUGGAGCCACUGGGGCCAUGCUGCCUCUGGACUGCUCCGCACUACCAGGCCAAAUAUUGCCCGCUGAAGCCCCUAUUAUCCUCAGUCAGCCUCGAACAGGCAAGGCCGACUAUUAUGAGCUCACCUGGAGGCCUCGGCAUGAACGAGGGACCCCUGUGCUGGAGUAUGUGAUCAAAUACAGAAAGGAGGGAGAUCCCCUUGCAGAGUGGACCACUCGAAGUAUCUCAGGAGCGCUUCAUAAGCUGACUCUAACCAAACUGCAGCCAGACAGCCUGUAUGAGGUAGAGAUGGCUGCCAAGAACUGUGCGGGUUUGGGACAGCCGGCCAUGAUGACCUUCAGGACUGGCAGAGGGCGUAAAGGUCCGGGAGCACCCAACGACCCGCCAAAAACGCCAGCCGUGCCUUCGCCAAGCCUCUCUCCUCCCGAGGCUCCUGACAAGCCCACCGUCUCCACGGCUACGGAGACCUCGGCGUACGUGACUUGGAUUCCUCGCGGCAACCGCGGCUUCCCCAUCCAGUCGUUCCGGGUGGAGUACAAGAAGGUGAAGAGGCCCGGGGAGGAAUGGGUGACGGCGGUGGAGAACAUUCCCCCGUCGAGGCUGUCUGUGGAAAUCACGGGCCUGGAGAAAGGGACAUCUUAUAAGUUUCGUGUGGUCGCCGUGAACGUCAUCGGUUCCAGUCCUCCCAGCGCCCCCUCCAAGGCCUACACGGUGGUGGGUGGGAGGACCCACGAGCGUCCCAUCGACGGACCCUACAUUACCUACAACGAGGCCAUUAACGAGACCACCAUCAUCCUGAAGUGGACGUACGCGCCUGUGAACAACACGCCCAUCUACGGUUUCUACAUCUACUACCGGCCCACGGACAGCGACAACGACAGCGACUACAAGAAGGACGUGGUGGAGGGGGACCGGUACUGGCACUCCAUCACCGACCUGCAGCCGGAAACGGCGUACGACAUCAAGAUGCAGAGCUUCAACGAGAAGGGCGAGAGCGAAUUCGGCAAUGUGGUGAUCCUCGAAACCAAAGCUCGUCCUAAUAACAAGCGACCUGAGGGCAUCCCAGAGCCCCCAGACUCAAGAACCGAAACUACAGGCGUACUGGUGCCGCGGCCUGGAGACCUCCCCUACCUGAUCGUUGGUAUCGUCCUAGGAGCCUUCGUCAUCGUGGCCUUUAUCCCCUUCGGUCUCUGGAGAGCGUGGGCCAAGCAGAAGCAAGCGUCAGACCUAUGCUUCUCCACCGUGGCUGCUCCGGUGUCGACGUGCCAGUACACCAUGGUUCCCCUGCAGGGACUCGCCCUGGUUGGACACUGCCCCCUGAAUUCACACAUGACGCCUCCGCGCAGCGCUUACCCGGCGAACGGAGAGUACAUCCAGAACGGAAAAGCUCAGCACUACCUACCAGGACUGCAGCAGGAUGAAGUGAAUUCUGACUUGGAGUGCGACACACUUCUGCCACAGACAAAUGGACAUCUGCCUCUAUACCAGUGCUCCAGCAGGGAGUCGGAUCAUCAAGAACAGAACCACUGUUCUCCUGACGACUCCACUCAUCAGCUCCUGGCGUCGUCCCAUCAGUUUGUCAGCUCGCAGCAAGUGGGAGGCAAAGUCGGGUUUGGUGAUGGAGCGCCGGAUGUUAAUCAUAGACGAGAACCUCCCCGUCUUCUGUCACAUGAGGAUGAGGGAGUUUUGGCCUCGAAUUCCACAUCCACAGUCGAACAAUCCCAAGAUACGAUACAGGAAGUGAACAUCCUCCUGCACGACGUGUCCUCGGAGAACUCUGGGACGGCAGGCGCCACAGAUGCAGACUCUUAGUGAACGGGGGGGAAAACAAGAGAAUGUAUUUAUUUUUGUAUUAGAGAUAUUUAUAUAUUUAUGUUUUUGUACAUAUAAUUGUUAUUACACUGUAUAUAUGGGUAUUUUCAUAUAAAAAGACGAUUUAUUCAUAUAUCUGCUCACACCACGUCCUUGACACCAGGGGUCUGCGUUUCCAGAGGGGAGCGACUUCCCUUUCACUCAGCACUUCCAUAUCCAGACCUCACGCCUGCAUUCCUCGCUUUGUAGACAUCUCCCCUCUCCCGAAAAGUGCAGACCUUCUUUAGCUUUACGCAGAACAGAAACUACCGGACACUUUCUCCCUUCUGAUGCUGUUAGUAUGCGGGGCUGUCAUCACAUUCUCAAGAACUGAAAACUGCCAUUGUUUAUAGCUGUAACGUAAUCUACUUUGCUCUUCAUUAACAAACUAUUAACAAGUGUAUGCAACAUAGAUAAUUGUUUUUACUGGUGUAUAUGAGAUUAUAUAUUGUGUAUAGUUAUUUAUUUGUUGGAGUUUAUGGUAUUUUUGUUAAUCAUCACUGAAUGGGAGAGAUUCUGGAAUAUAACUCAGUCAUCGAUAAGCUGAACUUUACUCUGCAGCCACUUGUGUUUACUUGUUCGCUGGUUACCAAAAGACUGCCAGGUGAGGAAGCAGUGACAGGUGCGUUAGUAUUAUUUCUUCCUUGCAGGUCAGUGGAAAAAGUAUUAAGUAUAAGUGAUACAAAAUGAAGGAGAUCCUGAAUCUACUCUCCCUAAGAGUGCAGACUGUUUUCUGCACAUGCUGGAGCACUAUUGCAUGUAAAUAAAAAGCUUAUGAAAUGAU